UCUCGCUUCAAAUACACCCGGGAAGAACAAGAAAAAGCUGGAUUAGGACUCUGAAGACCAGAACCAGGGCUAGAUCCGUUUCAAACCUUUUCGUCAUGGUCCAGGAGUUUCACGUGGUCAGGUGUUUCUCGUGUGAGAGUUUUCAGGUUCAACAGGUGAAGAAGGUGAACAGGUGGAGCUGUAAAGUGUGUGGAGAUAAACAGUCGCUGCUCAAGGAGUUUGGGCGGGGCACUGGGGCCGACUGCAGACGUCAUGUUCAGAAACUGAAUGCCAUCAGAGGAGCCAUGAUUGAGGAGCAGGAGCAGAACACUUGGUCGCUAUGGGAACAGGUGGAGGCAGAUGGAGAGGAAGAACCUGAGGAGGAGCGAGACAACCAGGUGAGUCAGACUCAGGUGAGCCGUUGGUUCAAGUACCUGGAUGCACCAAAGGAGGCGAAUGAAGAGGGGGAGCCGGAGGAGGACAAUAUUUUGAUGGACAGACAACAGCUCCAUGGCAUCAACAUGACUGACAGGAAGAGGAAGAGAACCACACCUGUACAGUCCAGCUGCUCCAGACCCUCAGCCACAACCACCAGCAUGACCGACACCAGACCUCCCAGUCUGACCCACACUAGUCCUCCUAGUCUGAACGAGUCCAGUCUGACCCACACUAGUCCUCCUAGUCUGACCCACACUAGUCUGAACGAGUCCAGUCUGACCCACACUAGUCCUCCUAGUCUGAACGAGUCCAGUCUGACCAAACAUCCCAGUAAGAAGAGAAUUAAUCCUCCUAGCCUGAGUACUGCUCCAGUCUCCAAGUGGACUUGGUUCCUCAGUUCUGACUGUCAGGUGCAGGUGGGGCAGGAACCUUCCAUCAGUGGGCAGAAUCAGCCAAUGGAUAGAGCCACCUCUUUGUCCUGUGAUGUCAUCAGGCCCCACCCCCUGCGUCCUGGUUCCUCCCUGUUUGAGACCGAAGAGGAGUUCAGCUUUGAGGACGAGGAGUUCCUGACGGAUCUGAGCGUUUAAACCAUAGAGUAGGUGAAACUGGUUCUGAAAGAACUGGAACUGAACCUGUUUCAUCUGAAAAGUUCAGUCCUGAAACCUCUGGAGUCUCGUUCUCUGGUGAGAACAUUCUCAUGUUUCUGACUCUGGGUUCUGGACAGAAUGUGAAAUUAAAACUCACUCAUCAGCAGGUUAAUGAAGGUGAUCAGCUGUUCUGAAAUUGAAUAACCUGCUGAUUAUUUUGUUAUAAAUAUCAGUUUACUGAUCAGAGAAUGAUAUUGAUCAAACAUUAAUUAGUUAUUGAAUAAUUGUUGCAGCUCUAGAAGAAAUAAAGACUUAAACUUAAAAUAA